CGACGUCUGCGUGAGAUCCCGCGGUGUUGAGUUAUCGCGGUAGUUGGGUCGUGUGGUAUUCUGCUGAAACGUGGGACUCCCGUCUUUUUCUGGAGGAGAAGCUGCAGAGCAGACACGCGUGGCGUGUUGCAGCAGAUACUUACUAAUCAUGAUCCUAAACGUGCUGUUCGAGCAUGCGUCCGGCUACGCGCUGUUCGCCGUGAAAGAGGCGGAGGAGAUCGGCAUGCUGCUGCCUCAGGUGGAGGCGAGCGUGCUGAGCCUGGCGAAGUUCAACGGCAUGGUGAGCCUGGCGGCCUUCUUCCCCUUCAAGUCGGCCCAGGCCGCGCUGGAGAACAUCAACGCCAUUUCUGAAGGUGUUGUUCAUGCUGACCUGAAGUUGUUCCUUGAGACAAACUUGCCCCGAUCUGGAAAGAAGAAAGCUGUGUUGGGGGUUUCAGAUGCCAAAAUAGGUGCAGCUUUACAAGAAGAGUUUAGCAUUUCUAUCCAGACUGGUGGCGUGGUAGCGGAGAUAACCAGAGGUGUGCGUUUGCACUUUCACUCUCUGGUGAAAGGUCUGACUUCACAGGCUGCCUCCAAGGCACAGCUGGGUCUUGGCCACAGCUACUCAAGAGCGAAGGUCAAGUUCAAUGUCAACAGGGCAGACAACAUGAUCAUCCAGUCCAUUGCUCUGCUGGAUCAGCUGGACAAAGACAUAAACACCUUCUCCAUGCGUGUCCGUGAAUGGUAUGGCUACCAUUUCCCAGAGCUGAUCAAGGUUGUGUCGGAGAACUCGAUGUACUGCCGCGUGGCCCAGCUCAUUGGAAACAGGAAGGAGUUGUCAGAGGAGAAUCUGGAAAGCCUGGAGGAGGUGGUGAUGGACAGUGCCAAGGCUCAAGCCAUUCUAGAUGCAUCGCGCUCAUCGAUGGGCAUGGACAUUUCUCCCAUCGACCUGAUCAACAUCGAGAGGUUCUCCAAUCGUGUUGUGUCUCUGGCUGCUUAUCGACUGGAACUGCAAGAAUACCUGCGUUCAAAGAUGAGUCAAGUGGCUCCAAACCUGGCAGCCCUAAUUGGAGAUGUGGUGGGAGCUCGUCUGAUCUCCCACGCCGGCAGUCUGACCAACCUGGCCAAGUAUCCAGCCUCCACCGUCCAGAUCCUGGGAGCAGAGAAGGCCCUGUUCAGAGCCCUAAAGACUCAUGGCAACACUCCCAAGUAUGGCCUGAUCUUCCACUCGACCUUCAUUGGACGUGCUGCUGCCAAGAACAAAGGCCGCAUCUCCAGAUACCUGGCAAACAAAUGCACGAUUGCCUCACGUAUUGACUGUUUCUCUGAGUUACCCACAAGUGUGUUUGGCGACCGGUUACGCGAACAGGUGGAAGAGCGCCUGUCCUUUUACGAGACUGGUGAGGUACCACGGAAAAAUGUGGAUGUCAUGAAAGAAGCAGUGAAAGAGGCGACUGAUGUUGCAGCAGAGCUCAAACGGAAACUGGAGAAAAAGGAAAAGAAACGCAAGAAGCGUGAGAAGAAACUAAAAGAACUUGAUGCAAAUGGUGAAACGAACGGUGAAGCUGAGGCAGAGAAUGGGGAAGCUGAGACCCCUAUAGUCAAAAAGAAGAAAAAACAAUUGGCUGAGGAGGUCGAGGCAGAGGAGACCCCAGCUGCAGAGAACGGAGCAGAAGAAACUCCGAAGAAGAAAAAGAAGCAAAAGUCAGAGACAGAAAAUCAAGAUGACACAACUGAGACUCUGUCCCAAAAGAAAAAGAAACGGAAGAGUGGAGCCACAGAGGAAGAGCUGGCAGAGACUCCUGUGACGGAGAAGAAAAAGAAAAAAAAGAAAGAUGACUAAGGCCAAAGACUCUCAUUUUUCUGUACAGUUAAUUUUACUCUUUAGCUGAAGCUACUUUAUUUUUACUUCUGAUUUCUGUUGCUGCUUAAGUUGUAUUUUGCAGCAUCACAGCCCAAUAGGCUGAAAAAUGUAACGCUCGUCUGUGCCUUGACAUUUGUCAUAUACUUCUGUAAAUAAAUUCUAUAAAAUGCG